AUGGCGAGUCUACGGAUGGGCAGCAUGCCGUCGUUGCGGCGACAGCACCUCCUGGCCGAAUUUGCUGGUCUGAAGCAGGCUUGUCCGGAGGGGGUCUUUGUGAGCUUGACGCCAGGAGACCCGAUGCUAUGGUCCGGCGUCAUGUUUGUGAGGCACGGACCCUACGCUACGGCUAUCCUGAGAUUUCAGAUUUCGUUCCCAGACACAUAUCCUCGACUACCGCCACUGGUCACUUUUUCAACAGACAUUUUCCACCCCCUAAUCACACCAUUAACCACGUACAUGUACACCACCGACAUUCAGGACAACGGCACGGUAAGCGCCACCGACGCAGAGCGCCUACCGCCCGGAGGUUUCAGUCUACGACAUGGGUUUCCCGCUUGGUUUGGGCGGGGCAGCAAAAGCAACGCAGGGAGCCGACAGGUCAGCGGCCAGCAGCAACAACAACCGCCCGCGACGCCUGCCAGAGGCGGUGGGGGGCCAUCCAGCACUACGUCGACGCCGAGCUCAAAGGCGACGCCUCUCGGAGGACGGCCUGGGUAUCUCGACACUUCGAGGCGAGAGGUCUCCACGUACGAGGUCUUGCGAUAUAUCCGGAGCACGUUCGAUGACGAAAAGGUGCUAGACUCGGUGCCUCUCGAAGCUGCGGGAAACCCCGGCGCGUGGCAUGCGUGGCGGACACGUCAGCGACAGACCGGCAAGAGUUUUCCUGGCGAUCCGGUACCGCAGGAGAAGAGUGAAAAGGAGCAAGAGAGCGACAAAGUGGCAGAGGCUGCUGAUGGUGCUCAGGAGAAGAAGGAAGGCGAAGCGGAAGGGGAAGAAAAGGUGGAGGAGGCGCCGCCUCCGCUGCCUGAGAGGAAGCCUUCCACCAGCGGGAGUGUUCACUCCAUUGUUAGGAAACCUAUCGGUAGUGCGCCUUCCGUCUCCAGAAAGCCUGGGGAAUGGAAUUGGGAAGGCGUUUGGGAGGAUAGAGUACAGAAAGGCAUCACGACGUCCCUGUCUGAGGCGGUCUUGUACGGGGCGACGUCGGGCGGGGAUGACCUGAUCAACUUCCUUGCAAUGGAGGAAGGCGACGUGGACGCUGUGAGAGAAAAUUUGCAGCGUACACUGGGAAGCAGCCCGGCGACACCUGAAGAACCUCACCUAGCAUGCACGUUCACCUUCCCCUGUAGCGGAUGGGAUAUCAUCAUUCCAAGACGUCAGAUCAUCACGUACAUUACUUACCGUCUUGUUACUUCGACUAUGGGCCUCUCAACUCCCGUAGCCGCAGUUCUCAUCGUUCUCGUCACCGUCGUACCCAUGCUACUCAUCGCAGGCUUCACCGCCCGCUUCAUCUCACGCAACUUCAGGGACGCAGCCGGUGCCAUUGAACCCAAGCCAACGAGACGCUGGUUCGGCCUCCGACGCGUCAAAUCGAACGACAGCGCCACCACCAGCCUCGCAACCAACACGCUACACUACGCCGACUCGUGGCCGGAUCUCGAAAGUCUCAGGACGUACCAGGACACGCCGACACCUUCGAUCCGGCGCGGCAUCCACGAGGUAGCCUUGGGCCAGUCGUUUGAGCUGGAGUUUCUCGCCGACAAGGCGGAGAACGGAUCGGAGAGGGGCGGUCCCGAAGUCCCGCAGCCGCUCAAGGUUCUCAAGAGACUCGGGCGUGGUUCUGGAGGGGAGUCCCGAGGAGAUGCAAGCGGCUCGCGAACAGUUGCCGAGACUGACGAGGGUGUAGACGGUGUCUCGGGACCGUUUGGCGAGUCACUCGUUGAACAUUCUUCACCUAGCGGACGGCCACAAGCGCAUCGACCACCAGCUUGGGAUAAAUUCGGUUCACAUGCUAUUCCUGGGCCACUCGAUGAUGGCCUUGAGGCAGUAUCCCAAGCACCACAACGCGGUGCUUCUAAUUUUAUGCGGUCUUCUAGUAACUCGUCUCUGGCUGCUCAAGCAAGCACUUCAUAUCACUCAAAUAUUUCAGGAGAGAGAAACACGUCUCAUAGCUCCCUUGUGCUCGUACCGAAUAUUCGUAUCACCCCAGAAAUCAGGGCUCUCGAUGGCAGCACGGCAAGCUUCUGGGUUGCCGUCGAGGUUUCAGGCCAAUUGUGUCAACCUCUCAACGGCUUACUCUGCGAUGAUACCUCUGCUGAAUAUGAGUCUGCCUUGCUGAGCAGACUCAAUAAUCCAUCUUCUACAGAUCCUUUCAGGCAUGGGUGUAUUCACAGCAUGGAUAUCCAAAUCGUUCCGCUUGGAAACAGUUGUAUUCUUGAGACAAUUCGGGAUGAUCCUGUCCAAACAACACUAGGUAAUAACGACAUUGUACUGCUGCUCGCGCAAGUCCUAGUCAAAUCGCCUCGCUCCACUGCCGUGACUACGCAGCAAGGCCAUGUCAAACACAGGUCAGAUGAGCUGAUUGAUGACUUGGAAUAUCAGUUAGGAGAUUCAAACCUCGAGUAUAUACGCGUUUCGGUCAAGUACAACCAUUCAGCAUUCUUUUGCCAAAGUCGAAAUGACAUCAUCGACAACAUAGCAGAAGGCGGCACAAAACUAGAAACGUUUGCUACGGCCAUCGUCAAGCAACAUAAUCACCGAUCGCCAUGGUCCCCAAGUACAGCACCAACAUACAAUCCCAUUGCGAGCAUCAUCCUUGGAAAUUGGGGGCCAUCGAAAGCUCGUAAUGUGAUUCAUCGUAUAUCACCACAAAGGCCCCUCAGGGCGAAGUCCAGGAUGGACUUGUCUUUGGGAGACGAACCAAUGGAUAUGCUGAGCCCUCCGGUAAUUCCUAGGCGAGAGGCAAGCCUCGGUAGAGACGUGACAGUCAGAAAACCAGACGCAAUGUACAAUGGGUGGUCUGCCGGGCGUCGGAGGACGUUGGCAGUGGACUUGGACUGGGGUAGGCCCCGCGCGGAAGAAGUCGCGGAAGAAGGGAAGCGGUGGCCAUCAACUGCAACGUGCCCCGGCGAGGCGGCAACCGGGGCCGGAUUCAAGAAUAGGUUUGCGAAUCAGUUGACCGCAUUGAGAAGCCCGCGCUCGAUAGGCCCGGGCGUUUUGAGAGGCUUGGCAUCUUCAGUCGCCGGCACCCGAGAUGAAGGUCAUGAAGCAGAGAACAGACAGGCGCAUGGAGGAGAGUCCCCUCGCGGCCAGGGAAGAAAGUCAUUCAGCCGUUGGAGUUGGACGAGCUGGUGGUCUUGA